CCAUUUUACAGACAGAUAGAGAGAGAGAGAGAGAGAGAGAGAGAGACUCAUAUUGCCCUGUUUGGCGUUUCUCGGUCAUUGAAUUCAAUUCGGUCAAAUUCCCAUUCCCACGAGAUUUUCGUUAUCGUAAUAACGCGUUCUUUUCCUCUCACUCUAACAAACCAUACCAUUCAUAAACUAAAUUUCGUUUUUUUGUUUCCAUUUAAUUAAUUUUUUUUUUUUAAUGAUUUUUGACUCCAAUUCUCAAAUUCUGUUUCUCACUGGAUCUUUUCUUCUUUCGCGUCUACUGUUAACCAAUCCGUCUUCUGACCCUUAUCUUCGAUCACCUUAUGAACAUAGCUUUUGUACUUUAUUGAUUCAUCUCGGCUCUUCGAUUUUCUCUGUGUAAAUUCGAACAUUCUUUCAAGUUCAAGCAAUUGGGGAAAAACAAUGGGAGGGGUUUGCGCAGGCGGGACUGGUAAGCGAAAUUUAGAACAUGGAGAUGAUAAUAAGACUUCCGGAUUUUCCGGGAAGCUCAAGACCAUGAAGAGCUUUGGAAAGCAUAAAGAGAAUUCGCAGACUCAUGCUAUUGGAAAGUAUUCUGGAAAUCCAUCAUAUGACUACGAUUCGGGCGAGCUGCCAUUUUCCUUUUCCUCCGAGUUGAAGCAGUCAACGCUGGCGAGGACCGUGGCAACCAAGGGAACUCAAAAGAGCUCGUUUCUCGGAAAAGCUGGUUUUGUGGGUCUGGAAGUUUUAGACACACUUGGAAGUAGCAUGUCAAAUUUGAACAAUAGUGGUUUUAUUUCUGGCGUGGCUUCUAGAGGGAAUAGAAUAUCUAUUUUGGCAUUCGAAGUGGCUAACACGAUUGUCAAGGGUGCAAACUUGUUACAAUCUGUUUCGGAAGAAAAUAUCCAGCUCUUAAAGAAAGAUAUUUUGCAUUCAGAAGGAGUACAAAAAUUGGUUUCUACUGAUAUGGAUGAGUUGCUAAGUAUUGCUGCAUCUGAUAAGAGGGAGGAACUCCAUGUUUUCUCACGGGAAGUAGUUAGAUUUGGGAAUCUAUGUAAAGAUCCACAGUGGCACAACCUGGAUCGAUUUUUUUCUUCAUUAGAUUUAGAUAAUUUAAGCUACCAACAACUAAAAUCGGAAGCAGAACUGACAAUGAAGGAAUUAACUACUCUUGCUCAGCACACUUCUGAAUUAUACCAUGAAUUAAAUGCUUUGGAUAGAUUUGAGCAAGAUUAUCGACGAAAGCUUGAGGAAGUGGAGGCCUUGAAUCUACCUCGAAAAGGAGAGAGUCUCACAAUUUUACAAAGUGAGUUAAAACAACAAAGAAAGCUCGUAAGGGGCUUGAAAAAGAAAUCUCUUUGGUCUAGAAAUUUGGAAGAGAUUGUGGAGAAGCUUGUUGAUGUCAUUACUUAUAUACAUCAAGCAAUAUUGGAAGCAUUUGGAAACAACGGUAAGAUGCUGGUUACAGUGGAGCACAAGAAAGAUACUCAAAGAUUAGGUGUAGCUGGUCUUGCAUUGCACUAUGCUAAUGUCAUCAAUCAGAUAGACAAUAUUGCAUCUCGACCAACCUCCCUCCCUCCAAAUAUAAGGGACACACUAUAUCAAGGAUUGCCAAACAGUGUUAAGCUAGCCUUACGGUCACGAUUGCAGACUCUAGAUGCAAAGGAAGAGCUCUCCGUUUCUCAGGUCAAAGCUGAAAUGGAAAAGACUCUCCAGUGGCUUGCCCCUGUUUCUGCAAAUACCAACAAAGCACAUCAAGGAUUCGGGUGGGUUGGAGAAUGGGCAAACUCUGGGCCUGAGUUUGGCAAGAAUACAAAUACGCAAACUAACCUGAUUCGUCUUCAGACACUCUAUCACGCGGAUAAGCAGAAGACAGAUCUAUACAUUCUUGAACUGGUCACUCGGCUUAACCAACUAAUCAGUUUAGUAAGACAGAGAGAUCAUGGAUUCAAGCCAGCACCUGUACGUUCUCCAGUGCGCAAGGAACUGGAGAUUCACUCCAAGAUGCAACGCUUUCUAUCAAUGAACCACAGUACUAAAACUCAGAGGGGUCAACUUUCACAAGAAGAUAGAAAUUUGUUAGACAUGGUAACCAGGAGGAGGGUGGUUCAAGGGAUUAGUAAAAGCCAGGAAUUCACGGUGACCAAGAAGAGAGGAAUCAGAGGCUCGGCCCUUAGCAGGAGCACUGGGAGUUCCCCAGCUACGGGUGUGAGUACAAGAUCGAAUACUAAUGUUUUGGAUGUUAUGGAUGGGUUAGAUGAUGUAUUUUGAGUUGUUUCAACAGCCCCCAACAGCCCCGUUUCUACCCCAUUUUUUUGUUCGUUUCCAAAUUUUAUCAUUCGUAUAUCUGCUUCUAUGUUUCCAUUCUAGUGUAUAUAUAUUUGGGUGCGUUGGGUUCUCAUUAUAUUGUAUAUGCCCUAAAAUAUAUGGUGGUAUCUGUGUUAUACAUAUUUUUCAGUUAA